GGUUUAGGCUACUUCGUAUUUAUCGAUUGAUAGACGGUUUAGCAACUUGGGAUAUGGCACGGUUGACAUUUGGCAGACUUGUGUUGCCGAACCCCAAAGACAGAUAUAAACACGCCGUUACCUGUGCAGAAGACUUGGUGUACCUAAGUAUGUCACGUCGUUAAAGAAAAUAUCGAGAUUUGUGAUUAGUUGAACAUAUUUUCCAUUCUGUGUUUUUUUGUCGUUUCGAAAUGGAUCAGAUUAUUGCUAAAGGGUCUCGAUCAGUCUCUAAAAAAAGUGUCCUUGAAAGUAAACAGAAAAGAAAGAAAGAGAAAAAGAGUAAGAAAUCCUUAAAGGAAAAAAUAUCUCGAAAGAAGCAUUCAAAAAAGAAAAGUCGUAAACGUCAUUCAUCUAGUUCAGAAUCUGAUUCUUCUAGUUCAUCAUCUAGUAGCAGUUCCAGUUCAGAAUCAAGUGAAGAUGAGAAAGCCAAGAAACGAAAGAAGAAGAAUAAAAAGAGCAAAGCAAAAAAACAGAAAGCUAAAUUAGAAGCCAGUAAUGUCAAAGCUGUGAUUACAGAAAUACCGUUGACUCUACCUGUCAGUGUCAGCCAAACUAAACCAACAUUAGAAACAAACGUUGGACCACAUAUUGAUUUAAAUUCUUCCAAGAUAAGAGCCCCCAUGACUAAAGAAGAAUAUGAAAAGCAGCAGAAUACCUUGAAAUGGAUUGUAGAUCCUGAAACAGGAAGAAGAAGGCUGAUUCGUGGUAGUGGUGAGAUCAUGGAAGAAAUAGUCAGCAGAGAAAGGCAUCAAGCUAUCAAUAAGCAGGCAACUAUUGCAGAUGGUAACUUUUUCCAAGCUCAGGCUAACUUAAAAGCAAGAUCUUCUUAUGACUGAUUUUUCUUAAACUGACAAUAUAAUUUUUUAAUUAAA